AUGGCGCCUUUGAGGAUCUGGGGGCUGCUGCUGGUCAGCCUCGGGUCUCUCGUUCAUGCUGCGGACAACGACAAAGAUACGACCACAUCCGGGUCCGAGUCGUCGUCGUCCUCCGAGUCUGGCGUCAUCAUCCUUACGGGUACUCAUACCACAACUCCGGACAGGCCCACGAGCGCUCUUGAAUCGAGCACCAUCACCCUCGCCACAACCACUCUGACUGGAACCGACCUGGAGACCGCCACUGAUAAUGCCACGGAGUCUGAGACCGGGACCGGGACUGUCACCUUCCUCACGGGAUCCAUCACUGGAACAACUGUCUCGGGGACAGCAACCCGCCCUGGGAACUUCUCUGUCACCCCUUCGUCAACUUCCACAGCGCCGACUGUGGUCAACACCCAGCCCUGCAACGACUAUGUAGAGCUGUGCGACCGGAAAUAUAGCAACAUCACUAUGGUGGGAUGCCACAACUCGCCCUUCGUGAGGCCCGGUAACCUCGCCUCCAACCAGGCCUUGGAUGUGACCCAGCAGCUCAACGACGGCGUGAGGUUUCUCCAGGGCCAGAUGCACUGGAAUGCCAACGACAGCGUUCCUCACUUCUGCCACACCACUUGCGAUAUUUUCGAUGGAGGGCGCAUCACAGAAUGGCUCACGGACGUCAAAAACUGGGUUGCUGCCAAUCGUUUUGACGUUGUUACCAUCCUGCUUGAAAACGGCAAUUACUCGACGCCGGACCAUUACGUGGAUGCUAUCAACUCGACGGGCAUCCUAGACUACGUCUACACACCACCCUACCAGCCCAUGAACUUGACCACCUGGCCCACCCUCGCCGAGAUGAUCAUUUUUAAUACCCGGGUGGUUCUCUUCUUGGACUACAUGGCCAACCAGACAGCCUACCCGUGGUGGAUCGAUCAAUUCAGCAACAUGUGGGAGACUCCCUUCGACCCAGUGGACCAGAAUUUCCCCUGCACCCCCCAGCGGCCCGACAAUCUACCCAUUGAGCAGGCCAAGAACAUGAUGUACCUCACCAACCACAACCUGAACGCCGAGGUAUCCAUACUGGGCCAAUCCAUCCUCGUGCCGGACGUGUCUCAGCUCAACUUGACCAAUAACUACACCGGCUUCGGCAGCCUUGGGCUCGCCGCCAACAACUGCCGCUCUGAGUACGAUCGACCCCCCACCGUGCUGAAUGUGGAUUACUACAACUUCGGUGGCUCAGAGGAUUCUGGCGCCGUUUUCAUGGUCGCGGCGGCCAUGAACAAUGUCACGUACCGCGGCGGAUGCUGCGGCAAGGCAUCUACGAGCGACUCGCCGCGGGGCCCGUCGCCGAUGUUCUGGUACGAGGCAAGGAAGAACGACCGGCGGUCCGUGGCAGUGUUCAUGCUCGCCUGGGUCACCUGGAUCCUGCUGGUCUGGUAG